AGUGAAGUACAACCCAACCAGAGCCUCAGUGGCUUUUUGUUGAGAUAGACAGAUUGGAUUAAUAAACACAACAUAAUGUAAAAAAAAACUUGAUUUGCUUUAAAGUAAAAAAAAACAAAAACAUCCUUUGAACAAUGUUAAAUGAAAAAUCCUUUGAAACAAAAAAGGAGCAGAAAAAUAUCAUCGGGACGAAGAACUUUGGAAGAAGAAAACUGGAAAAAGGAACAUCUGUUGGAUCCUGUAGAUUUCAUGUGGAUGUGCACUAUUACACCUUUUAUUACACGUUAUAAAAGGCCAGCUUUCACCGAAACAACAAACAAUGGACAAGGACAGCCUCGCAAAUUACAGCCAAGCCAGAGCAGGAGCUCACCUCACCAAAUGGAAACACAGCACGUGGAGCGCGCAGCGACAAGGGCCGUUGAAUGGACGUAAAGAUGGAAACAGUGUGACGACAGCGAGGACUAAGAGAGGAGCUGACAGCCAAUUACAGAAACUACCACUUGAGAUACUCAUUAAGAUUCUGUCGUACCUGGACGCCGCUGCUCUUUUCAGAAUCAGCCACGUCAAUAAGCUCUUCUGCCGGCUUGCCAACGAUAAUGCCCUGUGGAGCAUGAUGUACAUAUUCGAGUUUAAACAGUGGAAAUCCACCUGCAUUGUUGAGCCGCUGCAGAUGAGACUGCAGGAUCGGGCCUCCGGCUACUGGAAGCGGCUGUUCUUCGAGGCGGUCGUCCAACGCGACACAAACAAGUUGAAGAAAAACCUCCGAUACAUCGACCGCUACACCGGGCUGCCCUCUCGAACAGAGCAGCUUCUCAGAAACUUGCACGUGGCCUGGGAACUGAUGGUGUCUGAUGAGUCAGGGGACGAGUUCACACUUGAGCUCAUCAGGUCUGAGUUCUGUGGGACGUCUGUGUGUCUGAGCUGGAGCGGAGGGGGCCGCCUGCCCAGCUACCAGCACAUCUCCACCCUUCAGCUCCACGGUGUCAGUAAGAUGACCCACGGCUGCUCCCACCUAAAGAAUCCUGGCGGGAGGUCCCUCAUGUCCAAGGUCGACAUGCAGGCUUUAACUCAAAGCGCGCAGGUCAUCGGUCGGGACAGACUGGUUGAACUGAAGCUGCUGCAGCCUGGAAUCCUCAUCGGUACCUGGAAGGACCAGCGCACCGUCGCCUUCAUCAUGUUCACCCUGCACUUCCACCGGCUCGUGGAGAGAAGCGUCCAGGGGUCUUCGUUUUGCCCCCGCAUGGCGCCAGUGGUCCGACCCGCUUCUGAUGACAUAGACCCAGAGUAUGGUCUCCAUGGAUACCAACUACACAUUGUUCUCCACGACACCGUCUGCGAGCUCAUGUCUGAAAGCUUCUACCAGCUCUCCUGCCCUAGAAGUCAGAUCAGGGACGGACUGAUCCAGCUCACCGCCAUCAGCGGGGCAGGCUCACACAUCCCUCUGUCAGGCAGACUCACCUUGCCCUGGAGGUGUGAGGCCCUGCAGGGCUCAGCAGAGAACUGCUGCAUCAUGAGUCUGACUCUCCUGGAUGAAUUCAGGAACCCCUUCUGGUGUGUCACCUCUCCUGUUUCCGUGGAGCUGGAGAAGACGCAGAGUGGCUCCUUCGACUACGACGGCGAGCGCUUCCCGAUCCACCAUGUGGAAAAAGACGGUCAGGUGGAGAUGACACUCGCCUGGGCCAAGGAGCAGAAGCAGUUUGUCAUCGUCAGUUUAAUUGUUUGUGUGAGUGUUUCUAAAGUCAACAAGCAUUUCAGUAGAGAUUACUGAACACGAGGGGUUUUCGGUCAUUACAUCUGGAUCCACGGUUGGAUUUCCCUUGUCUUCGUUUUGUGUAUCUCUCUCUCUCCUGUCAAAAAAUCUUUAUAGAAAAACAUUAAAUCUACAUAUGAUUUAU